UAUUAUGAAAAUAAAUGUAAAUGCAAUAAAUACAUUUAAGUUUAUAUUAUUAUAUGAAAAUUUUUCUCUUAAUUGUUUAUAAGUUUAUAAUUAAAAUACGUAGUUAUGAUUGCAAUAAUUUUUUUACAAGUGCAAGGUCACACGCACCGUAGACUACUAUGCAUAAAAAAUAUAGUAUUCGUAUAUCAUGUGUCACCGCACGAGAUCAUCCGAUUUUUUCCGGACCGUCCCGAACACACGAGUAUCCGUGAUCCCGAUGGUUGGACGUCAAUGUGUUUAAUCACUCCAAUGGUUUUGGCAGAGAUAAUUAAGAUGAGCGUCAAGUAUACGUAUACAUAAUUAUCAAUGAUGUUACGUCAAUCUUAUUUAUAGUUUUAUGCCCAUGAUCAGAAGUUAAAUGCGAGUAAAUAGCAGUUUACUGACAGUAAACGUACAUGACACUUGCCAUCUUAUAUAUCGCAAACACGGGUUACGAGUUAAGUAGAUAACUCUGUAUUCCCAUAUUCUGUAUUUCCCGUAUGUUAAUUGUUAUUUCCGCGUUAUGAAUUUUCCAAAAAAUAUGGCUGGAAGAUGAACUAAGGAAAGGACAAGCCAGGGGCAUAGCGAUAGGAGGAAGAAAGGUAUGGUCACUGACGUACACAGAUGAUAUUGUGUUGAUGGCGGAUAGGGAAGAGCAGCUAAAGGAGAUGCUAAGGAAAUUCAAAAAAUUUCUAAAAGAAGCAGAAUUGGAGCUAAGCACAGAAAAAACAAAAAUAGUAGUAUUUGAAAAAAGAAGGAACAAAAGGAGACAAAGAAGAUGGAAUUGGGCAGAACAAAAACUAGAAAAAGUGGAAGAGAUAAGAUACCUAGGGUACAUACUACAGAAAAACGGCAGCGAUGAGAAGCACAUACAAGACAGGAAAAGGAGAGCGACGAUAGCAAUGAAGAAAACAUGGAGCGUGGGAGAAAGAAUAUUCAAACAGGACUACAAGAGGAGAAUGAAGAUGUUUGAAGCAUUAGUAGAGAGCAUGGCGCUGUUUGGAGCAGAGGUAUGGGGUUGGAACAUGGAAGAAACGCUGGAUAGGAUAAAAAGAGAGUACAUAAAAUGGAUCUUAGGUUUAGACAGGACAACACCAAACUACAUACUGACAGAAGAGUGCAAGAUAGAGGAAAUCAAGGUAAAAGCAUUAAAAAGAGCAGCAAGGUAUGAGGAAAGAACUCUAGAAUCGGAAAAGGAGCUGGUAAAAGAGUGCAUAAAGGAAAGAGAGAGAAACUGGGGAAAUGGCCAGGAAGGGAAAAGAGUAAGAAAGAGAAAGAAGGAACUAGAAUAGGUGAGAAACGGAGGGACACAGAGGGAAGCAGGAGGGGAGCAAGAAAGUUGGACAGGAGACCAAAUUGCAGAAGAAAGAAGGAAGAGAGAAACAGAAGAGAGGAGGAAAAGGAUAAGGGAAUCCAAAUACAACAGAUACUACAGGAACAUAACCAAAGAUGAGAUGCCAAAGUACUUGGAAGGGAGGAUGAAG